CAAGAAAUGCUAGCUAUCUGCAUCUCCCUCCCUGCUACUAAUGUCAAAACUGAACUUCAUCCGAAAACUAGAAAUAAGACAACAUUUUAUAUAAACCAAAUUAAUUUAAUUUCUUAUGGUAGUUUUCUGGGUUUCCCACUCACAUUCAGAUGUUGGGUGGUGCACUUUCUACCCCAACAACUCAAAGUAUCAAGCCCACAAGAACAAUUGCAAUGCUUUAUCCAACUCAUAGAUUAUUGUCUCUUAAGAACCCAGUAUCAAAUACCAGAGGAUUUUCCUCAAAAGAGAAUUGCUUCAUCAGAGGUCACCAGAUCAACAUCAAGCAAUUUUUUGGGCUUAUCUCGGGUCCUGCUCCACCAAAUAAAGCAGGAAGAGUUGUUUCCCCAAGCUGUGUCUUGCCACUUACAGAAGAGAAUGUGGAGAAGGUUUUGGAUGAGGUGAGGCCUGGCUUGAUGGCUGAUGGAGGGAAUGUGGCAUUACAUGAGAUAGAUGGUCUUGUUGUUGUUCUCAAGCUGCAAGGGGCAUGUGGAUCAUGUCCUAGCUCAACUAUGACAUUGAAAAUGGGAAUUGAAACUCGCCUCCGGGAUAAGAUUCCAGAAAUCAUGGAAGUGGAGCAGAUACUGGACACUGAGACCGGUCUCGAGUUAACUGAAGAGAAUGUUGAAAAUGUUCUUUCUGAAAUUAGACCAUACCUUGUUGGCACUGGGGGAGGAAUAUUGGAGCUUGUUGAGAUCAAAGAUUAUGUUGUCAAAGUUAGGCUAAGUGGACCUGCAGCUGGAGUUAUGACAGUUCGUGUUGCCUUAACACAGAAGCUGAGAGACAAGAUACCUUCUAUUGCGGCUGUGCAACUUAUAGAUUGAUGUCACAUACAACACAAGUUCUUUGAUAUUUUGACUAAUCUGUUACAAUAUGAAAUGGAAUAAGUCCAUAGAAAGAACAUGUAAAAGCUUUAGUCAUGAAAAGAAAUUCAGUGUCGGUUACUCAGUUUUAUAGGAUUUAUUUAAUGUUUCUCUCCUCCCUUUUUACUUCA